AUGACGGCGGUCAACACAUUUGUGACCAUAUGGCGAUUCCUGCUGACACUGGGACCCUCAGCAAUGGUUAUUCUCAUGCUAAAUAAGGGCAUUAAGGAUUACAGAUCGGAUAUUGUCGAUGAGGAGCAUCGGGUGCGUUCGAUACACAUCGAACAGUUGCGCAACAGUUACGAUUUCAUUAUUGUGGGCGGCGGCUCAGCGGGUUGUGUUCUUGCCGCUCGUCUCUCCGAGAAUCCGGCUUGGAAUGUGCUUCUGCUUGAAGCUGGAGGGGAUGAGCCCCUCUUGAUGGACUUGCCCCAAAUGUAUCCGGUAUUCCAGCGCAGUCCAUGGGAUUGGAAGUAUUCGACGGAGCCCUCGGAUCGCUAUUGUCUGGCAAUGGAGGAUCAACGUUGUUUUUGGCCGCGGGGCAAGGUGCUCGGAGGUUGCAGCUCCAUCAAUGCGAUGAUGUAUGUUCGAGGGAAUCGUCAUGAUUACGAUCAUUGGGCCGAGUUGGGCAAUCCGGGCUGGAAUUAUGACAAUAUUCUGCAUUAUUUCCGAAAAGCGGAGGAUAUGCGUGUGCCGGGCUACGAGCAUAGUCCGUACCAUGGCCACGGUGGUCCGAUCAGCGUGGAACGCUACAGAUCCCCAUCGCCAUUGCUGGAUAUAUUCAUGACAGCUGCCAGUCAACUGGGAUUGGCCCAUCCCGACGGCGAUUUCAAUGGACGCACUCAGAGCGGAUUUGCCCCACCACAUGGCACCCUGCGGGAUGGAUUGAGAUGUAGCACCAACAAGGGUUACAUGCGUCGCAGUUGGCAGCGUCCCAAUCUCGAUAUUGUGCUCAAGGCAUUUGUGCAACGAUUGAUUAUCGAUGGCACCGGAAGCAAGCGUGUCCUGGGUGUCACAUUUGAGUAUGGAUUGGGGCAAUACAAUGUGCUGGCCAGCAGGGAGGUGAUCCUUGCAGCUGGCGCCUUGGCGAGUCCACAACUCUUGAUGGUCAGCGGCGUGGGACCCAGGGAGCAACUGCAGCCACUUGGCAUUGAGGUAUUUCAACAUUUGCCCGGCGUGGGUGGAAAUCUACAGGACCACAUUUCCACAUCGGGUGCCAUUUAUACCUUCGAUAGCCAACAGCCGGGUCAGCACUUGUCCUUCAUUGUGCCUGACCAGUUGUCUGAGGAGUCGGUGAACCAGUUUCUUCACGAGCGGCGAGGAUUCUUCUAUGCGAUGCCCGUCAGCGAAGUCAUGGGUUUCAUAAGUACACGAUAUGAAAAGUCUGGACGGGAUUGGCCCGACGUACAGCUCUUUAUGGGUAGCUAUGGUUAUGGUGCUGAUGGUGGCAUGGUUGGCAGACGUGGAGCGGCCAUCACCUUGGAGAAUUAUGCAAACACCUUUGAGCCGGUGAUGUAUCAGGAUUCCUUUGUGAUUGCCCCACUGUUGUUGCGUCCACGCUCCCGGGGUUAUGUUCAAUUGCGCUCCAAGGAUGCCAAGAUUCAUCCGACGAUUCAUGCCAACUACUAUGAUGAUCCUCUUGACAUGGCCAUCAUGGUCGAGGGUCUUAAAAUGGCCCACCAUCUCACCCAGACGCCGGCGAUGCAACGUUUAAAUGCCACCCUAAACAUUUACGAGUGGAGAAAUUGCCCCGAGGUGGAAUACCUCAGUGAUGCAUUCUGGGAGUGCUUGGCUAGGUAUUAUUCUCAGACCAUUUAUCACCCCGUUGGCACCUGUAAAAUGGCCCCAGAUGGCGAUCCCUUUGGCGUUGUCGAUCCACGUUUGCGGGUACGCGGUCUCCGUGGUCUUCGGGUGAUCGAUGCAAGUAUUAUGCCCACUAUUCCCAAUGGAAAUACAAAUGCUCCCACUCUGAUGAUCGCCGAGCGGGGAGCGGACAUCAUCAAGGAGGAUUGGCAUCAUUAUUCACAUGGCGGUUGGAUCUAAUUGCAUUUUAAUCUUAUUUAGUUCUAGUCAAAGCUACAAUCUUUCUUAUUUUUCCAACUCUCUAUCCUUACCAUAUAUAUAUAUAUAUCUCUCUUUGACUCGCUCUUCAGUAACUAUUCCGUCAGUAAAUCUUUUAUAAUGCACAUUAUCAUUAUUCACACCACAGUUAACAUAUCUCAUUUUUCUCUAGUAAUUGUUCCAUUAAUAAAUAUUUAACACAAUAAUUCAUUCAAUUCAUUUCGAAGGUCAAAACAAUGAAGCAAAUGAAACUAUUUCUUAACUGGACCAC